AUGCCCACGGUCUCCAGCCGUGCUGCUCCUUCCGAGUCAUCGCCGGGCACCCGUCAUGGUUCGGGGAGAGCUGCUGUGGGGGUGAUGAGAGGGGUGGAGCCUCUUACCGGCCCCGAGGAGGCGGCGGCGGCGCCCGCCGACCCCAGCAAGUCCAAGAAAUUCUUGGAGCGAUUCACCAGUAUCAGGAAGAAGGAAAAGGAAAAGCCCAAUGCAGCUAAUAGGAAUUCCUCCACCUAUCUGGACAUCCCUGCUUCCGAACGGACACUUCAGGAAAUACCGGAUGAGGACGUGCUGGCACUUUUUGAGCAGAUGCUGCUCGAUAUGAACCUAAAUGAGGAGAAACAACAGCCUCUGAGGGAGAAAGACAUCCUCAUCAAGAGGGAGAUGGUGUCCCAGUACCUGCACACAUCUCAAGCUGGCAUGAACCAGAAGGAGAGCUCCAAGUCAGCCAUGAUGUAUAUCCAGGAACUGAAAUUAAACCUCAGGGACGCUCAGCUGCUCAACUGCCUGGAGUCACUGCGGGUGUCGCUGAACAACAACCCCGUCAGUUGGGUGCAAAACUUUGGCGCUGAAGGCCUCACCUGCCUUCUGGAUAUUUUGAAAGGACUCCAUGAGGAAAAAGAAGAAGCACCAGGUUCGUAUGACACCCGGAGCAGACACGAGAUCAUCCGGUGCCUCAAGGCCUUUAUGAACAACAAGUUUGGAAUCAAAACAAUGCUGGAUACGGAUGAAGGGAUCCUACUGCUUGCGAGAGCUGUUGACCCAAAAGUCCCUUCCAUGAUGAUAGAUGCUGUGAAGCUUCUGUCUGCCCUCUGUAUCCUGCCUCAGCCUGAAAGCAUGAACGAGCGGGUUCUGGAGGCGCUGACUGUACGAGCAGAAAUGGAUCAGGUGGAACGAUUCAAACCUUUGCUGGAUGGUCUGAAGAAUGACACCUCGGUGGCUCUGAAGGUGGCCUGUAUGCAGCUGAUCAAUGCCAUGAUCAGCUCUGCUGAUGAGCUCGACUUCCGAGUUCACAUUCGCAGUGAACUGAUGCGUUCUGGRCUGCAACAUAUCCUUAAGAAGCUGCAGAUGCUGGAGAAUGAAGAGCUGAAAGUGCAGCUGUCUAUAUUUGAAGAACUCGGUGAGGAAGACUCUGAGGACCUCAGGAACCGUCUAGAUGAGAUUCGCAUCGAAAUGGAUGAUUUCAGUGAAGUAUUCCAGAUUCUCCUCAACACAGUGAAGGAUUCCAAAGCAGAACCAUUUUUCCUCUCCAUCUUGCAGCACCUUUUACUUAUCCGCAAUGACUACGAAGCCAGACCUCAGUAUUAUAAGCUGAUUGAUGAAUGUGUCUCCCAGAUAGUUCUGUACAAGAACGGUGCCGAUCCUGACUUUAAAUGCAGGCGUCUUAAUGUAAACGUUGAGGGGUUGAUUGAUAACUUGAUUGAUCAAAACAAGGUGGAGAAAAGCGAGGCCAAAGCAGUGGAACUGGAGAAAAAGCUGAACUCRGAGCUGACGGCCCGGCAAGAGCUGCASGUUGAGAUGARGARGAUGGAGGGGGACUUGGARCAGMAACUCCYYGAURUGUCUCUSAAGAAGCAGAACUUGGAUGCGGAGAAGCAGCAAAUGAGUGUGGAGAAGCAGGAGCUGGAAAGCAAAGUGUCCCAGCUGAGUGAGGAGAUUGCUAAGCUGGAAAAGGAGCUUGAAGAUGCAAAGAGAGAGAAGGCUUCAUUCUCUUCUACCUUGCUUCCUUCACCUGAAGGCCAUCCAGGGAUCCUACAGCCUUCUCUCCCGGGUGCUCCUUCUGGGGCCAUCCCACCUCCUCCUCCUCUCCCGGGUGCUCCGUCUGGGAGCAUCCCACCACCUCCUCCUCUUCCUGGUGUUUCUUCUGUAGUCAUCCCACCUCCUCCUCCUCUCCCGGGUGCUCCGUCUGUGGGCAUCCCACCACCUCCUCCUCUCCCAGGUGGUCCGUCUGCGGGCAUCCCACCUCCUCCUCCUCUCCCGGGUGCUCCUUUUGGGGGCAUCCCACCUCCUCCUCCUCCUCCUUCUGGGGGCAUCCCGAUGCCCCCUCCACUUCCAGGCAUGGCUGGGGGCAUCCCUCCCCCACCUCCUCCUCCAGGAUGUCCUGGGAUCCCACCACCCCCACCAGGAAUGGGGGCACCUCCUCCUCCUCCUGCCUUUGGUGGCUGGGCACCUUGUGCAGCUCCUGCUCUUCCCUAUGGAUUAGCUCCAAAGAAGGCCUAUAAGCCAGAUGUGCAGCUGCGCAGAGCAAACUGGUCCAAGAUCGUGGCUGAAGACCUCUCUCAGGACUGUUUCUGGACCAAGGCUAAAGAAGAGCGGUUUGAGAGCGAGGAUCUCUUUGCCAGGCUGAUGCUGACCUUUUCUGCCCAAACCAAGUCCUCCAAGACCAAAAAAGAGCAGGAGGGYGGAGAGGAGAAAAAGACAACUCAGAAGAAAAAAGUCAAGGAGCUGAAAGUGCUGGAUUCCAAGACUGCRCAGAACCUAUCCAUUUUCCUGGGCUCUUUCCGCAUGCCCUAUGAAGAAAUCAAGACUGUCAUCCUGGAGGUGAAUGAAGCUGUGCUCACCGAGUCCAUGAUCCAGAACUUGAUCAAGCAAAUGCCAGAGCCAGAGCAGCUGAAGAUGCUCGCCGAACUGAAGGAUGAGUACAAUGACCUGGCAGAACCGGAGCAGUUUGGGGUUGUGAUUAGCUCAGUUUCUCGCCUUCGACCCCGGCUCAAUGCCAUCCUCUUCAAGCUGCAGUUCAAUGAACAGAUAGAGAACAUAAAGCCCGAGAUCGUUUCGGUGACGGCAGCUUGCGAAGAAGUGCGCAAGAGUGAGAGUUUCUCCGGCCUCCUGGAGUUCAUUCUGCUCGUGGGCAACUUCAUGAACGCCGGUUCCCGGAAUGCCGGGGCCUUUGGAUUCAACAUCAGCUUUCUCUGCAAGCUCCGAGACACGAAGUCCUCGGAUCAGAAGCUGACGCUGCUGCACUUCGUGGCUGAACAGUGUGAACAGUCCUACCCCAACCUGCUGACGUUUCCCGACGAGCUCAUCCACGUGGAGAAGGCCAGCCGAGUGUCUGCUGAGAAUUUGCAGAAAAACUUGGACAUGAUGAGGAAACAAAUUUCCGACGUGGAGCGCGACAUUGAGAAUUUUCCAGUUACUACUGAUGAAAAGGACAAAUUUGUGGAAAAAAUGACCAGCUUCGUUAAGGAUGCCAAGGAGCAGUACGACAAGCUGCGUAUGAUGCACUCAAACAUGGAAAACCUCUUUAAGGAGCUAGGCCAGUACUUCCUGUUUGACCCCAAGAAAACCUCUAUGGAGGACUUCUUCAUGGAUCUGAGCAACUUCAAAAAUGCAUUCCUGCAAGCUGUCAAGGAUAACCAGAAGCGGCGCGAAACGGAAGAGAAGAUGCGCCGAGCGAAACUGGCCAAGGAGAAGGCUGAGAAGGAACGGCUGGAGAAGCAGCAGAAGAGGGAGCAGCUGAUAGACAUGAAUGCAGAGGGUGACGAGACAGGAGUGAUGGACAGUCUGCUGGAGGCUUUGCAGUCGGGGGACGCGUUCCGCAGGAAGAGGGAGUCGCGAAAAAGAAAGCGAAAAAAUGGCUGUGUUCUCACCUCUACGUUAGUUUCCGAGCUGCUGAAGGAAGAGGACGUGAGUACAGUACCGAGCCUGGGGCUCAAGAACAAGGAGAAGGCAGCAGAGGGGAGGGGUCCCUAAGGGAACCCAGAAGAGCAAUAGCCACUUGAGCUAGACUUUGGGCCCUGCCCUAGGGCUGAAUCCUGCAGAAAAGCGCUUGACAGAGGAAGCAAAAUACACUGGAUGAUUCUGGAAAUCUGUGUAUGGGCCUGAGGGGUAACUGAGUUUCCUUCUUGCUCCUGGGGCUGCUUGUGCCAGCUUUGAGCCUUUUGUUCUCGCUCUAGCUCUCCCCUCCAGCCUUCGGCRUCGCCUCCGUGGAGAGGCGAGCGGCCUGGGCACAACGAGGCCCCGGCAGGGAGGGUAGAGCCACCGCCCCACCUACACCCGUCUCCACGUUGGGGUGCCAAAGCAGGGACCUUAAAAGCUGCCUUAACCCCGACUGCUGUAGUCUCUGUUACUUUGGGACGUGCUGAUGAGCCGGACCUGCCAAAGCUCCGUGGCUCCAGGGGAUCCUCCUGUAGCAGUCCGGGAGGCUCCCAGCCGCUUCCUUCCUCGCCUCUCUGCAGGAGGGAACCCUGUAGGUCAACUGAGCUGGACUUCGACUCCUGCAGAUGCUGUCGUGUCCUCGUACCAGCACCUUCUGUGCCCUCAUCCC